AUGGCAUUUGCAGGGAUAGUGAGCAACGAUGACAUUAAAGCGGCAGUCCAGGCUUGUCAAGCUCCAGGCUCCUUCAACUACAAGACAUUCUUUGAGAAACUCGGACUGAAUGGCUCGAGCCACGCUGAUGGCCAGAAAGUGUUCACAGUCCUGGAUCAAGACAAGAGUGGAUAUAUAGAGGAGGAGGAGCUCAAAUUGUUGCUGCAGAAUUUCUCUCCAGAGGCCAGAGAGCUGACUGUGUCCGAGACCAAGGCGUUGAUGGACGCUGGCGAUAAAGAUGGCGAUGGAAAGAUUGGUGUGGAAGAGUUCUGUGACCUCCUGAAAUGA